ACCGAUCCUGGAUCAGCAAUAACAUCCAUGACUUAAUUUACGACUGGAAGAGCAGAAGAGACGCCAGCCGAUCCUAGGACGACGCACACAGCUCAGUGCAGGGCUAUCAAAUCGUGUAGCUACAACUCAGAGAAACAUUCAAAAGCAGCGUGUUCAAACGACUGUAACGUUGUUGUUGUUCGGCUAACAAGAAGACCCUUUUCACUCGUGAUAAAGUUUUGCUAAUUGUGUUAGUUUAUGCUCUGAAACUUGCUGCUGCUGCGAGGGGGAGGUUGGGCAUCUUUGCUUUCUUUGCCAGUCCGCGUUAGCCUACUAGCUGGCGUUGCAGUGGGCUAAAAGCAGUCGUGACAUUUCAUUUUGGCCUAAGAUGAACACUUGUCAACAUCUCUCUUGGUCGUGCUGAGAAGAUCGCUGUACAAGCAACGUUUUCUAACGGAGCUAAACAGCUGCUGCUAUUGAGCUCAUGGCUGCUUUCACAGCAUAGCCGAAUGAAACAGCAGUUUUUGUUUUUGUUCAGUCAAAGAGCAAAAGAUGACGGAUAGUGGAGAUGUUUGUCCUCACCUCGAUUCCAUAGGUGAAGUAACCAAGGAUGAACUUCUACAGAAAUCAAAGGGCACUUGUCAGUCAUGUGGAGUGGGUGGUCCCAACCUCUGGGCAUGUCUACAGUCUGAUUGUCCCUAUGUGGGCUGUGGAGAGUCCUACUCAGACCACAGCACUAUACAUGCACAGGCGAAGAAGCACAAUCUGACAGUGAAUCUGACCACAUUCAGGGUGUGGUGUUACGUGUGUGAGAGAGAAGUGUUUCUAGAGCAGAGGCCUGUAGUGUCAGUGUCUGGAACUCAUCGCUACAAACCUCUCGAUCAGGAUUCUUCUCCACGAAGUGCUUGUCACCCGUUAAAGGCAGUACCAAUUGCCGUGGCAGAUGAGGAAGGCUCAGAGUCUGAGGAAGAUGAGCUCAAGCCUAGAGGGCUCACAGGGAUGAAGAACAUUGGGAAUUCAUGUUACAUGAAUGCAGCACUGCAGGCCCUCUCCAACUGUCCUCCUUUGACUCAGUUUUUCUUGGACUGCAGUGGCCUGGUGCGCACAGAUAAGAAACCUGCUCUCUGCAAAAGCUAUCAGAAACUCAUCUCUGAGCUCUGGCACAAGAAAAGACCCAGUUAUGUGGUCCCCACUAGUCUGUUUCAUGGCAUCAAACUUGUGAAUCCUAUGUUUCGAGGCUAUGCCCAGCAGGACACUCAGGAGUUCCUGCGCUGUCUGAUGGACCAGCUCCACGAGGAGCUGAAGGAGCCUCAGGCUGACUGCAGCAGCAGCAGUGGCAAUGCUGACCCUGACCAUAACCUUGACAAGCGUAACCAUGGCGAUGGUGACCGCAGCCCCUCUGAGGAUGACUUCCUGUCUUGUGACUCAGGUUCAGGGAGUGAGAGAGGGGAUGGGGACAGAGGUGGUGGGACUGGAGGAGGAGGGGAGGCGGAGCUUCUGAUUCAGGAUGAGUGUGUGGGAGCCAGAGGGAAUGGAGGGAUCUCUGAGAAGGAGAGGCUUAAGGAGAGGUGGAAGGAGGACAAGGGGGAGGAGAGGACACAGGAGAUAGACGAGGAUGCAGACGUGGAUACAGCAGCACAGGAGGAACAGACCGAGAGUGGAGGAGAGCAAGCUGGGUCAACCAGGACAGUCCAGACUCAGGGUAACACAGCCUGUUGUGUCUCAGAACCUGAUAAUGAGGCCUCCAUGCAUCGCCCCUCAUCUCGACCCUGUAGCCCCAGUCACAGUGUGCCGGAACUUCACUCUAAGCUGUCCAGCAGCCCACCCAGGUCUAGCCCACUUAGAGCCAGCCCUAUCUACACCUUUAAAAAAGCUCCGAUGCUCUUGGGUGCCAAGAAGAAGAAGCAGUCCCAUUUCCGCAGUGUUAUUUCAGACAUCUUUGAUGGCUCAAUUCUGAGUCUGGUCCAGUGCUUGACGUGUGACCGGGUGUCUACAACAGUCGAAACAUUUCAGGACUUAUCAUUGCCCAUCCCAGGUAAAGAGGACCUGGCUAAGCUUCACUCGUCCAUCCACCAGAGCGCUCCAGCAAAGGCAGGCGUCUGCACAGACACAUACGCUUCCCAGGGCUGGAUCUCCUACAUCAUGGAGUCUAUCCGCAGAUUUGUUGUGUCCUGUAUCCCCAGCUGGUUUUGGGGUCCCAUGGUGACACUAGAGGACUGCCUUGCUGCCUUCUUUGCUGCAGAUGAACUGAAAGGGGAUAACAUGUACAGCUGUGAACGAUGCAAAAAGUUGAGAAAUGGUGUAAAGUAUUGUAAAGUUCUGCGGCUACCAGAAAUUUUGUGCAUUCACCUGAAGCGGUUCCGGCAUGAGGUUAUGUACUCCUUUAAGAUCAGCAGCCAUGUCUCUUUUCCGUUGGAGGCUUUGGACCUAAAGCCUUUCCUGGCCAAAGAGAGCCCGUCUCAGAUCACUAUGUAUGACCUACUCUCUGUCAUCUGUCACCACGGCACUGCAGGCAGUGGCCACUAUAUAGCGUAUUGUCAGAAUGUAAUCAAUGGGCAGUGGUACGAGUUUGAUGACCAGUAUGUGACGGAGGUGCAUGAGACUGUAGUGCAAAAUGCUGAGGCCUAUGUGCUCUUUUACCGGAAGAGCAGUGAGGAGUCAGUGAGAGAGAGGCAGAAGGUUGUAGCUUUGGCCAAUCUAAAGGAGCCCAGUCUCCUGCAGUUUUACAUCUCAAGAGAAUGGCUGAACAAGUUCAACACCUUCACUGAGCCAGGACCCAUCACUAACCAUACCUUCCUUUGUCAGCAUGGAGGAAUCCCUCCAACUAAGUAUCAUUAUGUGGAUGAUCUGGUUGUGAUCCUGCCUCAGAAUGUGUGGGAAUAUCUUUACAACAGGUUUGGAGGGGGUCCAGCUGUGAAUCACCUGUAUGUGUGUGCGAUCUGUCAAGUAGAGAUAGAGGCCUUAGCCAAACGCAGGAAAAUGGAGAUUGACACUUUCAUUAAGCUGAAUAAAGAGUUCCAGGCAGAGGAAGCUCCUGUAGUUAUUUUGUGCAUCAGCAUGCAGUGGUUCAGAGAAUGGGAAAGCUUCGUCAAGGGAAAAGACAAUGAGCCACCAGGUCCAAUUGACAACAGCAAGAUUGCAGUGAUGAAGGGUGGUCAUGUCCAACUUAAACAGGGAGCCGACUAUGGGCAGAUUUCUGAGGAGACGUGGCAGUUUUUAGUGGGAAUUUAUGGCGGUGGUCCUGAGAUCGCAGUGAGGCAGAGCAUCAGCCCUCCAGACCCUGACACACAUGGAGAGAGGAAGAUAGAGGCAGAAACUAGAGCACUCUGAGUGGUGUCCUGAAUGUGGCUGAGCAUUUUUGCACCGUGUUUACACCUGCUUUCUUGUAAGCACUUUGUGAGCGCACCCAAUACCGUGAUCUGUUCCCUGUAGAAGACAUGGAUGUCUAGUAGUACAGAUUUGGUAGGUUAAAAGGUCUAUAGAUCUUAUCGGACAAACUAAUAUAGAAUUUGCCACUGUCCUGUGAUUGGGGGAGAGAGUUUCCUAUGUCCCUUGACCCACAAACUCAAAUGCACAUUUAAACUUUAUUUCCCUAAAAUUCAAGUUAUAUAUGUAUGCCAAACUGUCUUACAAAGAAAGUCUUAUAAAAGGAAAAGCUUUGCACAUUUUAUGUGGACUAAGCAAGAUGUAAUAGGCUGUAGUAUGUAGAUAUUUAUUGCCAGGGAGGAUUUAGCAGGCCAGAAUUCCCAGGGGUGGUGAUGCAUUACUCAAUGUAGCGUUAGGUCUACUGUACAUAAGUCUAUACUUCCAUGAAUGUGCGUAUUUAAAAGAAAACACAGUAUUCUAACAAAUUAAUUCAAAAUCAAACUGAAAUAGUUCCUCUAUGUUUUUGAACUCUUAAAGGAAUUCCCCAUAUAUUUUUCCACCUAAUCUAUAUCUGCUGUGUAUGUAGCAUGUUUCCCUGUACUUAUAAAGAAAUGGAAAACCUGUUGAUUCAUAACGCAUUUACAGUAAAAGCUAGUUGCUUAACAUUUCUUAAUUUGUUCAGUCAAAGGUCUUUGUAAAUAAAGCUGUAUAUUUGUAUAAAGAGAAGAAUUUAUGGUAAUUGGUUACUAGUGUAGUGGUGUGAGUUGAGCUUUCAAAGAUGAAAUGAAAAAUUUUGAGAGGUGAAUGUAAGUGGUUUUUCACUUUGUUGCUCCAAUGUUCAAAAGUUGGAUAAAACUUCACAAGGACAGAUUUGGCAAAUCUGAUCCCGUGAUCUACAGUACAGUGCAAAAAUCAGAAUAUUCAACAAAUUGCACAGAAGCCUCAACACCUCAUUUUUUUCAGUAUUUAAUGUGUCCACCGUUUGUCUUCAUCACAGCUUCUAUUCUGUUUGGCAAACUUGCUCCUCACGAUCCAAGUAAUCCCAAACACAUUCAGUAAUGUUGUUCAUUUAUUUUUUGUCUGCCUUCUUUUUUCAGUAACAGGUUCUUGACACCUACUCAUCCUUUCAGACCCACAGCAUUAUGUUGUCCUCUCACAGGGGAAGAAUAAACAAAAACACCUUUAUUCCAAACUGAAGCAAAACAUGAAAGAAGUGCUGUUUGUCUGAUGGUGACAGGUCUGGUGGUCUACCAGGGCAUGCGCUGUUGUUAGGAGUCACAUUUUCUCAUCUUUAAAAAACAGGAAUUUCCAAAACUGUAUCUUAAAACAUAUUUUCAUUUGACUUCCCCUUACGUAUGCAAGUGGAUUAGCUUCUAUCAUAUCUCUUGCUGAAACCUGAAUGGCAAAAUGGCUGUUUUGACUGAAAAUGAAAUAAGUAAGGGAUGGUCUUUUUUUGCACAAUGCCUAUAUAUGUAUAUAUAGGUGGUGUUUCUAAUUUAUGUUAUGGAGUCAUAUAUUUCAAAUAUAUAUUCAUGGAAUUCAGCACUUGCCCGGUAGCUCCUCUUAGAAGCAAGUUUCAGUUCAGCUUCAAUUCAUGUUUUCUGUUGAUUUCUAAGUACAGAGAAGUGUGUGUGUUUAUGAUGGCACAGUACAGAUGUGGAAGAACUAGUGUAAUCCUUUAAGUCUCCAGACCAGCUUAUCUUUACUUCGGGCGUCAACAGACUCAGACUGUGAGUCACAAUACACAGCUGUUCCUCCACGUUCUCAUAAUUACGUGCUCUCAAUGUGAGUCAUAGUUAACUGGCUAAAUUUGUCAUUUUUGUUUCAUUCUGAGUAGCACUGAGUCUGCAGUACUUACGUAGAACCACUUCUAGCUUCUAAGGGGGAAAAAUACUAGAAUAUUUCCUCAUUAAAUGCUAGUGCUGUCAUGUCUACUGCUGUUUCUUGUACACCGCAAUAGUUCUUGCUCUUACUUGAAGAAGUUGGUUGAUAUGGUACUUGCAUGAUUUGGGCUGUUAAUUUGCGCUUUCGUUGGAAAUUACAGGGGUGUCCUGUAUAGGAAGUCUUUACUAGGUCAACAGCAGUCUGACAUGAUUAAUAUUAGGCCACUUUUGUUACUACUGUCACUUUGAAAGUUUUCUGCACUGUUUUACUUGUAGUUAGUUUUGGGAGUCAGCUGACCUGUUGUUUUUUUUUUUUCAAAAUUUUCUACAAACUUUGUUGUGAUUUAAACAAAGUCAUUCAGAAUGGUUUGAAGUGAGAUAGUUAACUGUUGUGAAACUUACAAGCCCAGAUUUCUAUACAGUGAAGUGACAGGAGCCAGGGCUAGAACUGAAAGGUUAAAUGAAACUUUUUUUUUUCCUUGAUCGUGCCUGAUCUGUAGCCAUGGCAUUACUAAAUUUAGUGUCUAACUAGCUUGUACAUUUGCAUGGCUACCAUAAUCAGGAAAAUAAAGGAAAGCAGAUAGGAAAGGAAGAUUCAUUCAGACACACCCUUAGGGUCACAAUGUCUACGAAACAAAGAUUUCAUUUAAUUACUAUCCAACAUAACCAGAGAACCUAUGCAUGUCUUUCGAUGUUUUAUAUGUAAUGUUGAUUAUGUUAAAAGAUUGAAAUUUUAAAAAAAUAAAUCUUUGCAAACUAUUUUGCCUUACAACAGCCUACCUCUUAACAAUGAGCAGAUUUUUAAAAACACAUUUUGGGCCACAGUCUUCACAAAACUGUCAUAAAACAGUGUAACGUACAUCAGGCAACAUACUAUCAUUGUCCAAAAAAAAAAUUAUCUUAAUUUUUUUUCUACAUCAUUUGGACACAGUAGCUGCCCAUUACAGUGUGUGAAAAAAGUGAUAAUGAAGGGACCCAAGGAAAUGCUCCAAAAUUAACUGGAAUAAAACCCCUUUUUUUGUUUUUGCCCUCUCCUGUAAAUUUGGACAUUACUUUUUCUUGUUUGUUUUUUUUUUUUUUUUUUUUAAUCGGUGACCUUAUAAUGCAAUAUAUUUUUUGUAGCUUUUUAUAGGCAUUAAACACUUAAGAUGUUUAGUUCCUAUCACCACUACUGUGAACAAUUCUGGCUCCGUAUCUCCAAAAUGAUGAGCUUCACAUUGAAUCACUCUGGAUGACUUUGUUUAACAUAUAAUGCUUGCAUUUGCAUACAUUUAGAAAAAUCAACAAAAUUGUUCUGUAAAUAGACAGUUUUGUAAAUGAAAUGUGAUGGUGAACCUCUAUAGAGUAUAAGAGUGCUCAGAUAUCUGUGUUAAAGUGACUGUCAAAUGGCAGCACCAUUGGUUAUGUUCAUGCAUAAUUAGAAAAGCAUACAACUGCAAAAAUUGCUUUCCUAUAGUAGAAGUGACGAGGGGGCAGUUAGAAAGGGUUUGAAAUCCCAGAAUUCAGUCAACAAAUCCACCCAAAUUAAAAUUCAAGUACCACCCUGGAUGGAUACACCAACCACAAAACUGACAUUUCUGUAGUAAGGAUUUCUGUUAUUAAGCUAUACAGUCAAUUAAGGGCAUGUGCAAUGAAGUGAAUGAGAUGAGUCUGAACAGUGAAUAAGUCUAGAUGGUCUGACUACAAAGGAUUUUGAGCUGAACAUAAAACAUCAUUCUGUGCACUAGUGUUAGUUAAGGUUAGUAGUAGGUGUUAUAUGAGCCAUCCUUUGCUGUUGUAUCAACUUGAUCAUACUGAUAGUCUCAUCUGUGUUUAAAACAUGCAUAUUUAAAUAUGUAGUCUCAUUUUAAUUUUUUAUUUAUAUAAUUUGUUUCCUUCUACUGAGCAGAAAGGUUAAAACUGUUGUACUUUAUGGACCAGUCAUGGACAACAUGAUGGUUUGCUAGCUGGUGUAAAAAUAAAAAUGUUAAAAAUAUAUAUUGAACUGUUACAUUUGAACAAAGAGUCUGUUAUGCUAAUUAUGUUCAUUUCAACAAAUUGAAAUUAUAAGCUUAGUGCAGUUAAUUUAAAUGUUUAAAUGUCUCUGACUUCUUGACAAAUGAACUAAUAAAGCGUGUUCUUUCUUCA